AUUUAAACGAACCGUCCCUUAACAGUCCGUUCGGUAGAUACGGGUUAUGAACUAUGAGCCCCUCUGAGACAGUGAAUGUCAUCUACCUCUGAACAGUUGAAGUACGCUUCAACUAUGUAUAUCGAGCUAGAGAACGGAGGUCGGAGGACGGUAAAAUCUAGUGGACAUAGCGCCCCAGCCGACAGCGGCCCGAAGCUACAGCUCCGCGCCGGUGCUACGUCACAUGCCAUUCGACUCCCCAUUGAGCUCAGCACCAUCCUUCUGUUGACUUUCUCCUCUCUUCCCGAUAAACAGACCGUGGUUCACUGAGUGGUUUAGGAUGCUGUCAGGCCUUUGUUAGCAGUGUAUGCAGUGGAUGAGUGAGUGGCUGAGCCGGUCAUACUUGUGAGCCCAGAUAGUUUCCAUCCUGUCAACAUCCAGACAUACCGCAGAGCCCAUCUGUUGACUUGAAACUGAACAUCAUGGCUACCUCUUCCGUCCUCCGUCGGGCGCUCCUAUAUGUUCCUGCGUCUUCCCAGAAGUUCAUGACCAAGUCACUCUCCUUGGCUAGUGACAAUAUCACCUAUGACCUUGAGGACUCGGUGACUCCAGCAAACAAGCAGACCGCUCGCAUACAAUUGCGCGACCACCUGUCCUCGCUUUCGAACAAGCCAGGCUCCAUUGGAGAGCUUGCUGUACGCAUCAAUGCUGUCUCGACCCCCUAUGCGCUUGAUGAUCUGACCACUCUCGCAAGCGCCCCAAACCUUGACGCCAUUGUCAUCCCCAAGGUCAACAGCGCUAGCGAUCUGUCCUUCGUUACAGAUGUCAUUCGCCAUGCUGCACCACAACGACAUUCUUCCGACCCCACGGCGAGCCCUCUCAAGCUAAUUGCCUUGAUUGAAUCGGCCAGAGCAGUCAUGGAUUUGCGCUCGAUAUGUGCUGCGUCACCGUAUCUGACUGGUCUGAUCUUUGCUGCUGAGGAUUUUGCGUUGGACCUGUCUAUUACGCGAACGCCAGGUUUGGCGGAGUUUUUGUACGCCAGAAGUGCUAUUGUAACUGCUGCCAGAGCAUUCGAUCUCCCUAGCUCCAUUGACCUUGUUUGUACCUCAUACAAGGGUCCAGAAGGGGUAAAGCAGCUAGAAGAGGAGUGUCAAAACGGCAAGGAGAUGGGCUUCAACGGAAAGCAGUGUAUCCACCCCAGUCAGGUCGAAGUGACUCAGCGAAUGUUUGCCCCAGCAGAGUCCGAGGUCGAGUGGUACGUUCGUAUCCUCGUUGCCGAUGAUAAGGCCUCUGCAGCUGGUCGAGGUGCUUGGACCUUGGACGGAAAGAUGAUUGAUGCUCCUGUGGUUGGAAAGGCUCGGGCGGUAGUCGCCAAAGCCGCAAAAUGUGGAAUGGAUAUCGAAAACAUUAAAGCAAAGUGGAAGGAUCAGAAGCCGGAGUGA